AUGCCAAACCGUAUUAAAGAAAUCAUCACCAUCCACGAGUCUGAUUUCAAGGACGCUGAUGUCAAGGACAGUUGUGGACCACAGUCUUAUGAAGACAAAAAGUUCAUGGGCAUACUUGAUGCUGGCAUAGUGCAGCGUGCCGAUGGCCACUACGAGAUGCCACUGCCUUUUAAGGGAAACCGACCAGAGCUACCAGAGAGUCGGGGAAUGGCGCUGAGGAGACUAAAUCAACUAAAGUCGAAGCUCAACCGGGAACCGGCUUACAGGGAUAAGUAUGUAGCGUUCAUGCAAAGGAUGAUCGAUAAGGGUGAUGCCGAGCUUGUACCAUGGGAUGCUCAGUCAUCAAAAGAGCACUCCUCACAGCAUUGGUACGUGCCACAUUUUGGAGUCGGACCAGACCUGACCAACUCCCUACUAGGCGUCCUUUGCCGCUUCCGCCAAGAGACCGUAGCAAUCACAUGUGACGUUGAACAAAUGUUCCAUCAGUUUAAGGUAGCUGAGGAGGAUAGAGACUACCUUCGAUUUUUAUGGUGGUCCGAUGGUAAACUCGAUGAGCAGCCCAAGGAGUACCGAAUGACUGUGCACCUUUUUGGAGGCACAUCACCCCCCUCAUGCUGCAACUUUGGAUUUAAGCGACUGGCAGAUGACUAUGAAGCCGAGUAUGGACACCAGGCUGCUGAUUUCAUCAGAGAUAAUUUCUACGUUGAUGAUGGCCUAACAUCGCUACCAAGCGAUGGAGAAGUCAUACACUUGCUUGAAAACACUCAGAAACUGUGUAAAGAGGGAGGACUGCACCUUCACAAGAUCAAUUCUAACUCAGACGCUGUGAUCCAGAGUGUAACAGAAAAGGAUAGAGCCGCUAAGAAUAGUACGCGCCUACUAACUGAGAGCAAUAAUGUCACUACUCAUGAGCCUACACUGGAUCGGGCCCUGGGGUUAUACUGGUGUGUAACAUCCGACACGUUUCAGUUCAAGAUCGUCCUGCGAGACCGCCCCAACACCCGACGUGGUAUUCUGUCAACUAUUGGGACCAUCUAUGACCCAAUGGGCUUAAUUGGGCCUGUGCUUCUGAUAGGCCGGCAGAUAUUGCAAGAACUCUGUGCUCUUGACCUAGAUUGGGACAGUCAACCACCUGAAGACAUACUACUGAGAUGGGAACGCUGGAGAGAUCAUUUGUUUACCUUGGAUCAGCUGAAAAUCCCUCGUUGUUUGAAACCAGCAGAUUUUGGUGAAGUCACAUCCAUAGGUCUUCACUAUUUCUCAGAUGCUUCGCAGCUUGCUUACGGACAAUGUUCCUAUGUAAGAAUGGUAAAUCAAGAAGGAAGAGUUCACUGCAGUCUUGUCCUGGGAAAGGCUAGAGUAGCUCCUUUACGCCCAAUCACCAUACCACGACUCGAACUCACAGCUGCGGUGCUAUCUGCGAAUAUGAGUGCUGUUGUCAGGAGAGAGCUGACUUACAAGAUAGACUCUGAGACUUUCUGGACUGAUAGUACUGUAGUCCUAGGGUAUAUACAGAAUGAUGCAAAACGCUUCCACGUCUAUGUCACGAAUAGAAUCUAA